CUGGUUUGUGUCCCCAGUGAGCAGAAGCGGACUAGACGAAACUACCUCGUACGGUCCCGUAUCAGCCUCCUCAGAGUCAGAACAUCAAAGUUUAGAUGAAGGCGGUACGAGCUCCAGCCAUGGUCUGACACUACCCCUAAUGGCUUCAGGUCAGUUCCACCAGAACUUCAGGUUGGGCAGGACAAAUUCAUCACUCCUAUCUACUUCAGAGAGUGCCUCCUUUUGCAGCCACGGAGGAGCACCCAGACUCAGAAGGACCCAAGGGUCUGCUGGGGCCAGGGGCGCACAUCCUGCCCGGACCCCAAUGACUGAUCACACCACAACAAGUUGCUCAUCCGCAACUACAACAUUUGGUGCAUCUGUGAUAGUGGCAGUAGUUGAAGGGCGGGGUUUGGCCAGGGGAGAGAUUGGCAUGGCUUCUCUAAACCUGAAAUGUCCAGAGCUUGUACUGUCUCAAUUUGCAGACACUGGGACUUAUGCCAAGGUCAUAACCAAGAUUCAUAUCUUGGUGCCUCUGGAAAUACUGAUGCCAGACACAGCCAGUGAGAAAGGGAAAGGGACAAAGCUGUUCAGACUCCUCACAGAGAAUUUCCCGGGUGUAACGUUCACUGCAGUCCAAAGGAAGUACUUUAAUGAAAGGAGAGGACUUGAAUAUAUUCAACAACUGUGUGCUCCAGAAUUUGGCACUGUCCUCAUGGAAGUGCAAGCAAAAUAUUACUGCUUAGCAACUGCUGCUGCAUUGCUGAAAUACUUAGAGUACAUCCAGAACUCUAUCUACGCUGCCAAGUCUCUUAAAGUGAGCUUUAAGGGGAGUGAACAGACAGCCAUGAUUGAUUCAGCAUCUGCUUCUAACUUGGAGUUGGUAAUAAAUAAUAGAGACCACAGGAGUGAACAUACUCUUUUAGGAGUUCUUAACCACACUAAAACACCUGGUGGUGCCAGAAGGUUGCGCUCUAAUAUUCUGGAGCCUCUGGUUGAUGUGGACACUAUCAACAUACGUUUGGACACCAUACAAGAGAUGUUGCAUGACGAGGAGCUCUUCUUUGGCUUACAGAAUGCUAUAGGUCAUUUCCUUGACAUUGACCAGUUGCUUUCAGUUCUUGUCCAAAUCCCAAAGCAGGAAACAGUUCAGGUGGCUGAAGCAAAGAUUAUGCAUAUCAUACAGCUGAAACACACAUUGGAUUUGGUGCCAAGGUUAAGGAUGGUGUUAAAGAACUGCAGCACAGCACUGCUCAAGGCAUACAAUACCUCACUGGAGGACAACAGGUUUGACAUGAUUCUGGAGCAGAUCAAGACAGUGAUUAAUGAUGACACAACCUACGUGAAGGGGAGCCUAAACAUGCGCACUCAGAAGUGCUAUGCCGUGCGCCCCAACAUCAACGAGUUCCUCGACAUCGCCCGGAGAGCUUACACAGAGAUAGUGGAUGACAUUGCAGGGCUGGUAAACCAGAUGGGGGAGAAAUAUGGCUUGCCAAUGCGUACCAGCUUCAGCACAGCUAGAGGGUUCUUCAUCCAGAUGAGGCUUGAUGGAGUGAUCUUACCUGAGGGGAAACUCCCCUCAGAGUUCAUCAAGGUAACCAAGAACAAGAACAACUAUGGCUUCACCACUGCAGACCUGAUGAAGAUGAAUGACCGCUGCAAUGAGGCCCUCAGGGAGAUCUUUCACAUGUCCUAUGUGGUGAUAUGUCAACUGCUGCGCACUAUCCAUGAGCACAUCCACUGCCUUUACAAGCUCUCUGAUGCUGUAUCCAUGCUAGACAUGUUGCUGUCACUUGCAAAUGCAUGCACCAUCUCAGACUAUGUGCGUCCUGAGUUCACAGACACACUGGCCAUUAAGCAGGGUCGUCACCCCAUUCUGGAGCGAAUAGCUGGACAGCAGCCUGUACCGAACAAUAGCUACAUUUCUGAGGGCAGCAACUUUGUCAUCAUCACGGGACCCAACAUGAGUGGCAAAUCCACCUACCUCAAACAGGUGGCGCUGUGUCAGAUCAUGGCUCAGAUAGGCUCUUUUGUCCCUGCUGAGUAUGCAUCUUUUCGUGUUGCUGAUCAGAUUUUCACCAGAAUUGGUGUGGAUGAUGAUUUUGAAACUAAUUCUUCCACUUUCAUGUUGGAAAUGAAAGAGAUCUCCUACAUAAUCCACAAUGUGAGUGACAGGUCCCUCAUUAUCAUAGACGAGUUGGGGCGUGGUACCAGUGCUGAGGAGGGCGUCGGCAUUUGUCACUCAGUUUGUGAGUUCCUCCUUAGCCUCCAGGUGUUCACACUCUUUGCCACACACUUUCUUGAACUGUGCCAACUAGAGUCUCUUUAUCCCAAUGUGGAGAACCAGCACAUGGAGGUUCAGCAUACACGCAGUGGUGACACUGGUGCUAAGGGUGUGGUGUAUACAUACGUGCUGAAUCGAGGAUGUGCUGAAGAAGGACACUAUGGUCUGAGAGCAGCAGAAAUGACUGCCCUUCCUUCAACAAUAAUACAAGAGGCAAAGGCAAUUUCAUCCAAAGUCAGCCAACAGCUUUUGGCCAAACAUUACAGUGAUCCGGAAACACGGAGGCAGAGAGCUGUGUACCACCUGGCCACUCGCCUCAUCCAGACAGCCAGGAACUCCAGACUGGACCCAGACAGCCUGCGUAUGUAUCUGAAAGGCCUGAGAAAGCAGUAUGAGGCAGAGCUGCGGACCAUAGGGCAGCCAGGGUCCAUGGACACAGAGCAGGACUGACUGACUGACUCAGCCUUACAGUUGGAAGGGACCCUGGGAAAUUAAACACCAGUGUCUGUCUGAUUACUACUGCAGGGUGUUUACAUUGUGUUUAUAGUUCAGCUUGAUUUGAAAUUAAACUGAUUUCUUUAAAUCCCAGUGGUCAUGUUUGGGGGCUAGUUUUACAAUUCAAAACAAUAUCAAAUCACGUUAAUGUUAGAAAUGUAUGAUAACUAAAUUUUAGGCUAAUGGAUGAUUAAUUUCUGAAAAAAUACUGUCCCGAUUCCGUGGAAAUGCGGUUAAGUU